AUGAGAGCAUCUCAAACACAUUCCAUGGCCCCAGCUGUGGCUGCAGGUCUGUCAGUUGUCAGUCUGGUACAGAGUUUUGGGGACAUAAGUGGUGCUCAGCUAAAUCCAGCCAUCACAUCUGCUCUUGUUUGUGCACGAAGGUUGGAUCUGCUUCAUGGAUUGGUCUUUGGUGUAGCUCAGAUUCUUGGUGCUACAUGUGCCUCUGCAAUUUUCUAUCUAUUCCUACCGGCAUCAGUCUUUAUUCAGCUUGUUACUAGAGUGAGUAGUGAGGGAAAUGCUGGACAGGCUGUGGGAAUGGAGAUCCUCUCUACAUUCCAAUUAGCUUUUACGAUCUUUGCUGUGGACGAUCGAAGGCGCAGGGACAUGGCAGAGCCAGGAAGUGUUGCUAUUGGCUUUUCUCUGAUAGCAGGCGCUUUAACAGCGGGGCCAUUCUCAGGUGGAAGUAUGAACCCAGCCAGAUCAUUUGGACCAGCCUUGCUUACUGGGUUUUGGGAACAUCACUGGGUGUACUGGAUUGGUCCCAUUCUUGGUGCUUUUCUAGCAGGCGCUUCAUAUGAAUUUUUCUUUGCAUCAAGUGCCUCAAGGGAAAAGCUGGUUGCCUGUCUCACAUGUAAGGAUAUCGAUAUAGUAGAAACGGCAAGUGUUUCUCGAUCUUCCCUCUCCAUGGCCACACAAACUGUAGGACGCACACGCCAAAUGGAGCAAAAACAUGAGUCUAAUUAA